GACCCAGCGGGAACCCAACCCUUCUUCAGCCAGAGACUCAGCCCUCUGAAGCCGAGGUGGGAACCAGACCCGCCCCGGCUGCCUCUCGCCCACAACUGCCAGGUGCAACAGUCCGGCUGCACUGUCCGUGAGCCAGCUCUUAUCCGAGAUGGCUUCAGUGACUGAUGGUAAGACUGGAAUGAAAGAUGUCUCUGACCAGAACUUUGACUACAUGUUCAAACUGCUCAUCAUUGGCAACAGCAGCGUCGGGAAGACCUCUUUCCUUUUCCGCUAUGCUGACGACACCUUCACCCCUGCCUUUGUCAGCACUGUGGGUAUCGACUUCAAAGUGAAGACGGUCUACCGCCAUGAGAAGCGUGUGAAGCUGCAGAUAUGGGACACAGCUGGGCAAGAGCGGUACCGGACCAUCACCACAGCCUACUACCGUGGGGCCAUGGGCUUCAUUCUCAUGUAUGACAUCACCAACGAGGAGUCCUUCAAUGCCGUUCAAGACUGGGCCACUCAGAUUAAGACCUACUCCUGGGACAAUGCACAGGUGAUUCUCGUGGGAAAUAAGUGUGACAUGGAAGAGGAAAGAGUGGUCCCCACUGAGAAGGGCCGGCUCUUGGCAGAGCAGCUUGGGUUUGACUUCUUUGAAGCCAGCGCCAAGGAGAAUAUCAGUGUGAGGCAGGCCUUCGAGCGUCUGGUGGAUGCCAUCUGCGAUAAGAUGUCUGACUCGAUGGACACAGACCCCUCCGUGCUAGGCGCCUCCAAGACCACACGGCUCUCAGACACCCCGCCUCUGCUGCAGCAGAACUGCUCUUGCUAGACAAGGCCCACCCUCCUGUUUCCCCAUGUCAUGCCCACUUCUCCUCUGCUUCUCUCUGUUACUGUCCACUCCCAAAUCCCAAGCCAGCUGAGUUUCUUUGCCAGCCCCUGUGGUUCUCUGCAGAUGGCCCCAGCUCCAGAUACUAACUGCAGGUUACUGUGUGGGUGAGGACUCCUUUUACAACAGAAAACUCCCUCUUAUGAAGAAGGUUCAAUAUAGAGACUUGGAAAGAAUCUUUUCUGCCCUUAAAAUAUAAUAAAACUCCCUUCGUUUACCAAGAUCCUCCUCCCACGCACACUCCUCAGGGGCUGACCAGUGUGUAAAGUGAGGCCCACCUGCACAGCUAAUACUAUUAAAGAAAAUGUCUCAAAGUA